CUAAAAUACUCUCUGCUAUUCCUUCCUCCUCGCCUUCUAUAUCAUCCACAUAUACUUGAAGUGUUAAAGCACGCAUUUUGAGAAUCCAUAUCACCUUUGUAAGAAAAUUAAUUUCAUUUAAUGUUUUCAAUGUUUUCAAUACACCAAGAGGGUUGACAAAACGUCUUCAAAUAAAUGUAAUAUGCAAGGAAUUUUUGUAUCACUUAACAUACUUGAUCUAACGAGUUCUUCUUCAAUAAUGUCGUGCAUAUUGCAGCGCAUUCUUCAUAGUUCCUUCUCUUAAAUAGACUAAUUGCCAAAUAUAGAGGAUCCAUCGUGUAGGAAAUACAGAAAUUUCCAUUAAUUCUUUAGUGCUAAGGAAGCAUGUAUUGAUCACUAUGAGGAGAACUCAUGCUAGUUCUACUGUACACAUAUUUAUUGAUUAUUUCUACCACUAUAAAAGAAACAACAAUGCAGAAUAGUAAUGGAAAGAGGGAAAAAAUGUAUACCAUCAAUUUUUUAUGAAUAAAUUUGUAGCUGUCAAAAUUAUCAUUCACAUCAUAUUCAUAUAACCAUCAGUAGCUUCAUGAUCUUUUGUUAGCAUGAUACAUGCGACAAGAAUUGUUGAAUUUGGCUUGUGUCUAAAUGCGAUUGAUUCUAUGAAAAUCUAUUUUAUAGGUACAUUGCAGGAUUUUGUCUGGAAGUGAAGAUAGGAGAUCAUGGCAGAUAGCAGAGAAACUGAGAAUACAAAGUUCGACAACUUUCAUUCAAUAUUGGAUGCUCUUUCAAAUUUAUAUGAUAAUACUUAUUUAGCAUUCUGAGGCAAUUUGAAGAAUUCUACAGCCAAAAGAGCAUUGAGGAGCAAUGUACAGAAGAAGAUUUGAUGAGAUUGCACAAAGCCUUCUUGGUUUCCAAAGACGAAGAAAUGAGCGAAUCAGAACUUCAGGAAGCAUUUGCGGAGAUAAUGAAAAUCGAUAUUCCAGAUCAAGAAUUUAGGGUACUGUUUAGUAAGAUAAAUUUGAAAAGAGAUGGAUAUACAACGUGGGAUGAGUUCAUUACCUACUUGCUAUCGGAAUUUCAACGAACAGACACCACAGUUCAGCGGCAAACAUUGGAGCUUCCAUUGACCGGUGAGAUACAGCUGCAAAAAACUCAUCACCGCAGUGCUGUGUGCAGAAUUGCAUUUUGUCCAGAAGUCCGUCCAGAUAGAACGUGGGAUUUCCUUCAAGGCUGCUACCUAACAGCAAGCAGGGAUGGUGUUAUUAACUAUUGGACAUUAGAUCUUGAAUACGAAAGGAGUGUUCAGUCAACCAAUCCGUAUUUAAAAGUAUGCUCCACAAUUAUAACUGAUAUGAUCGUGUUGCCCGACAUUCAAAUAGUAUGUACAAGUUCUUCAGAACGAGAUCUUCGAUUUUAUGAUACGGUGGCAAAGAAGUUCGAUUUGAGAGUAAUGAUAUCAAGUUUGGAAAAUGCAGUUGUAUGCAUGAGUUACUAUUUCAACCCUGAUGUUAGAGAAAACUCUCACAUUAUCUUGGGUGACAUGGGAGGGACUGUCAAAGUGAUGUCCUUUAGUUCAUUGGAAAAAGGCCCGUUCAAGCAUAUUCCUCGACACAAUCUCAUUCAUCUUCGCUACGAAGCUGUUGCUAACGGUGAACUCCAGGGGAUGAAAGUCACAGAAUUUAAAAAUAUCCACGCGGAUUGGGUGCGUCAGGUAGAAUACUAUGGAAAACUGCGUGCAUUUGUUUCUUGUGGAAUUUGCUCAGAUCGUUCAGUUUUUCUAAGCGACGCAACUGGAACGAGAAUGCAGUAUGUAUUUAAUGUGGCCAAGGGUGUUACAUGCUUCCAUUUUAGUGAAGAAGGCCAUAUACUUGUGACAGGAGGUCCGGACUGCAUUGUCAGAGUUUGGAAUCCAUUCGUACCGCACAAACCUAAUUGUAUUUUUCAAGGACACCAUGCAACUAUUUGUGCAUUAAUUACUCAUAACUCUGGAAGUCGAAUAUACUCUUUGGCUAAAGAUAAAUGUAUUAAAGUAUGGGAUGUCGUGGCACAAGUUUGUAUUCAGACGUUUAAUGGUCUUCCAAAUGAACUGGGUGAACAUACUUCAAUGUCUGUUGUGUACAAUUCAAUAAGGAAGAAAUUGAUAAUUGCUAGUAUGAAAAUCGUUGUGCUGACAUGCGAGCAUGUAAUCAAUGAAGAAAUCUCUGAUGGAUAUACGCAUGCAAAGCCUGUUAGCUGCGUACUCUACAAUAUGUUGUUUCGAGUGAUAGUUACAGCAGGCUUAGACUCCUGCUUUAUAGUCUGGAAUCCUUGGCUUGGACGUCGUUUGUAUCUUCGUAGGAAUGCUCACUAUAAAGUGGUAUAUGGUGAACGAGUCCCUGUUGAAAUAACCGCUGCUAGUUUCGACACCUCCCAGCACUUGCUGCUCACUGGCGCUAGAGAUGGAACCAUAAAAAUGUGGAACUUUGCUGCAGGGUCUUGUAUACGAAAUAUGAGCAUCGAAACUCAAUGUGAAAUCACCAGCAUAGUCUGGUUAUCCAAUCGGAUUCUUUGUACCGGCUGGAAUCGCCACAUUACUGAAUUUGCAGACACCGAAACUGGUGUUCAUAAGAAGAAUUGGGAGACUAGGCACACAGAUGAUGUACUUUGUACUGCUGCAAAAUACCCUCAGACUCUUGCUACAGCAUCGUAUAAUGGGGAACUGAUACUUUGGAGAUUGGAAACUGGACAGCCUUAUAGAAGAUAUAGUGUGAAUAAUCCUACGGGAAGGUAUGCUAUAUCCUACAGAAAAGAAGCUAAACAAAAAGUUGAUACGUCUAUAAACAGAGGUCUAAAAAUAAAUCUAACGGAUUUGGGAUUACAAAUAAACUCGAACAGGAUAAACAAACCAGGUGCCAGCAUUCCAAACAGUGUUGAUGAAGUAGAAGUAUCAAUGCAUCAAGAAUCGGCAUUAAGCAUAACACGGGUAGUCGGUGUUUAUGCUAUGAUAUUCCUUAAUGCACGGCCUACUGCACCUGAUGUUGGCUCCUUACUCUUAUCUUUAGAGAAUGGUAUGAUCCAAGUGUGGACUCAUCAUCCUGCUGCCGGAUUCUUAGCCAGUUUCUCUGCAGUCCAUGUAUUAGGUGAUUAUGUCAUGUCAUUGGCAACAGACCCCAAAAACGAAUACUUGAUGACAGGUCACACUGCAGGCUAUAUAAAAGUUUGGUUGCUAUCAAACUAUGCUUUGCCAGAUCCUCCAAAAUUAUGUAUGCCACUGUUGAGAUUGAAAUUCCCAUUUUUGUGGAAGGACCGAAUUGAUGGGCGAGCAAAAAGAGCCGUCAGGGGCCAACCGGUGCCCAUUUUACUAUGUUCUGUUCGUGCUCAUUGCAAAACAAUUAAUACUCUUCAAUAUAUACCAGAAGUAAAGCUGAUAAUAAGCGGUAGUUCCGAUCAUACCGUAAGAUUAUGGACAUUGAACGGACGUUAUAUUUCAACUUUGGGUACAUUCAAGCCGUGGUCUACAAUUCUACCCAAUACUCCGGUCGAAGAAUAUUUCAAUUCAUACCGAUUGCCUCCUGAUAUAAAAGGAACGGGAAGUUCAACCACAAUGAAAGUUUUAAAUGGUGGUGAAAAUCAACGAAAAUCGACAGGUAAAGCCAACGAAACUGAAACGUUAAAGGAAGUGCCUGAGCAUGAGCGGUACAUGUUGUAUGGUAAGAGAUUAUCAUCACCUAAACUCGGGCGUUACUACAAAUUGCCGACUCGGUCAAAUGCUUAUGGCACACCACCAAUACUAGAUAGUUCCUUGGCAUACAUUCCUGUAUAUUCACAUCUUGUAACACAUGAAUUAGAACCAAUAAAAAUGCCUCCAGUCCCACCACUGAUCCAGAAAUCGAUACCGGUCAUACAUUCCAAAAUUAGAGCCAAAGGCUCUACGAAUACAGCGAAAGAAGCUCAGCGAAAUUUCCAUGCAAAAACUGAAAAGUCUGCAGAUGCAGAAAUCGGUUCGUCAACCAACCAAUUAAGAAGUUUGAAUUAGGCAUUGUAUUUCCAAAAUUAAAUGUUUUCCAAAUGAAUUGAAAUUCAAUCGAGAAUCCAUAGGGAUUCAGUUGCUGAUAAAAUGAACAUUUAUGAAACCAAA